AUGUUAUUGUAUGAAAAAAAGAGAUCAAGUGGACUUUAAGGAAUCACUAUGUCUUUAGAACGAGAAAGUGUGGGACCAAUGUCCCAAUUGGGACAAAUGCCUCAAAUGCCUCCAUUGCCCAUGAACAUGGGCUCUUCGAACGACCCACGCUCGCAGCUACUUCAAGAGAUGAGGGAGCAGAACUUUGAUCUGAUUCGGUUUGCAUCGUACCGAACAGCAUGCAAACUACGUUAUGUGCAAAAGAAAUGCAAUUUGCAUGUCAUAGACAUAUGGAAUGUUAUCGAGGCGUUUCGCGAAAACGCUCUGAACACUCUCGAGCCGAACGCGUGCGUAAACGUUACCCGGCUGGAGACGCUUGUGUCCUCACUGUACCACAAUUUAAACAAGAGGUUACCACCCGCUCAUCAAGUGUCUGUUGAGUCCUGCUCAGCGUUACUACUCAACUGGUUGUUAUCUGCAUAUAGCACAGGAGAAAAUGUAGGAAAGAUCAGAGUGUUUUCUAUAAAGGUGGCGCUUGCAACGAUGUGUGCUGGUAAAUUAAUGGACAAGUUAAGAUAUAUAUUCUCCCAGCUGUCUGAUGGCAACGGUCACCUACUGAUGAAGCGUCUAUCUGACUACUUACGCGAGGUGCUGGCUUUACCCGCAGCAGUCUACGAGUCUCCUUCCUUCAGCUACAGCGAUGCCCUAGCACUGUCUAUAUUCAAUCAGAACACCAAGAUCACAGUGAACGACUUCCUGGAUACAUUAAUGUCGGAUCCCGGGCCGCCCUGCCUAGUCUGGCUGCCUCUACUGCAUCGACUGGCUAGCGUCGAAAACGUGGUCCAUCCAAUGGCCUGCAGCGCUUGUCGUCGAGGGUCUCUAACCGGAUUCCGUUACCGCUGCACUCCAUGCACCAACUACACUUUAUGCCAGGACUGCUUCUGGCGGGGCAGAGUGUCCAACGCCCACACCAACGAGCACGAGGUCAAGGAGUACGCCGCCUACAAAUCCCCGUCGAAGCAAAUAGGUGCCACGUUACGGAAGUCGUUCCGCUGCGUUCCGGAGCGGGCGCGGCCCCAGUUGCCCCGAUACCCGGAUCAACCAGAACGCACCCUUAACCUCAGUCACAUCGUUCCCCCAUCCCCCGUGCCCGCGCACAACGGCUUCCCCGAGUACUCGUCCAGCCUGGGCCCCGCGCCCCGGCCGGCCGCGACGGGCGCGGGCUACAUAAACACGGGCUCGCUGGACUCGCGCAGCUCGCGCGGCGCGCGGCGAGCACUCGCCCCCGGCUCGCACGCGCCGCACGACGAGCACCACCUCAUCGCGCGGUACGCGGCGCGACUGCACCAAUACACCACCACCAUGCCACGGGCAGGACGGUCGGCAUCUUUGACACCGGAGCUGGGUCGAUCGUCCUCCGAGGGAUCGGAAGUGGACGCGGCGCGGCAACAGCGCGAGCUAAUAUCGCAACUGGAGGCCAAGAACAGGGAAAUCAUGAGAGAGAUAGCACGACUGAGACGUCAGCAAGAAGCUGAGACUUCUUCGGGCGCAAAUACUACUGGAUCAGCCCCUCCUCUAGUAUCAGAGCUUCGAGCUCUCAGACAACGAAAAGAUGAGCUGGAAGGUCACCUGUCCUCACUCCAGGACUCCAGGAAACACCUCAUGCAGCAGCUGGAGGGGCUGAUGAGGAUGCUCAAGACGCAACAGUCCUCUCCGCGGUCGACGCCCAACUCUUCGCCUAGAUCUACCAAAAGUCCGCCUCUGCCGGGAGCACAACCGCAGCCCACUGCACCAGAAAGGGAGCCAAGCAGCAGGGGCACGGUACGCAGUGCCCCGCAGACUCCUUCACUAGGAGAGAGGGAGCGGAUUGAUAUGACGCACAGUCUCGGUGGCAUGGAAAGUAUGAGCAACGAGAACAGAGGAUUCCAUCAAAACCAACGGCCAACCACAAUGGGCAUAGACAACAGAAGCCUCCGCAGUGACCUGCUGUAUGCGGCAGACUCGGUCACCAACGCCAUGUCCACUCUAGUCAGAGAGCUCAACUCGGAGGGUUCGGACACCGAAGAUACUGUUAAACGUGAACCCAGGAAGCAAAGAGGUGAGUCCAAAUAUGCAUAA